UAUAGCCCAACAAUAACUACGAAGUUUACUUAUCUAAAGUCUGCAUACAUAGUCACGUAUAUCUCGUAUAAUUUAUCUUAAUUUUAAGUACUCCACCGAGUAAUUUUUUUUCUUUUUUGGCUCUACAAUGCCUACAUACAUGCCUGAUGCCUAAACGGUAAAGAUAUUAUUACAAGAUUGCAUUGAAACGGUGCCCAAAAAAAAAAAAAAAAAAAAAAAAAACAGAGAGAUUAAAGAAGCUUGAGAGACUGUUUAGGAAGAUAUUGAAUGGAUAAGGGUAGCCAAUUGAUAUGAAGGUGUUCAACUGCAAAAUAAAAUGGCGGCAAAUUCACAACCUCUGUCUUUCAGCUCCAAAUGGAAGUCCUCCUCAUUGAAGAAGAAGAACAAGAACAGGAAGAUAACCCCAACUCAUCUUCUUUCAUACCCAAUUCGUUCUUCUCACUCCAUUGAUGAUAAAGACAGGGUCUUUAAACAACUGGGGACAUUUGCUUUGAGAAAGAAAAUUGAAGAUACUGUUCUUCGUGGUGAGAUGCUGGCACCAACAGUGCUUCAGCUUGAAGAAGAGAUGUCUGUCUGGAGAGAUGAGAAAAUGCGUGAUUACAACUACUGGGAUGAUCCUGUAAAAUCUAAUGAAAUGCUUGCCAAAUUAGCUGAUCGUGCCAAAGUUGUUGAUACUCUCAAAGACCUUGCAUAUAAGAUUGAAGAUGCAAAACUUAUAAAGGAGCUGGCAGAAACAGAUGCUGUAAAUUAUGGACUUAUAAAGCAAGCAUAUAAUGCAUCAGUUGAUAUUAGCAAGUUCUUAGAUCAAUAUGAGAUGUCCAAGCUUUUGAAAGGGCCUUUUGACAUUCAUGGAGCAUCACUUGUUAUUAAAGCUGGAGACAAAGGCAUCUACUCAGAGAUAUGGGCAGAACGACUUCUAAGCAUGUAUGUCAAAUGGGCUGAAAAGCAAGGUUACAAAGGGAGAGUAUUGGAGAAGUGUUCCUCGAACAGUGGGGGCAUCAAGUCUGCCACCAUUGAGUUUGAAUUUAAGUAUGCUUAUGGUUUUUUGAUUGGCGAAAGAGGUGUUCACCGCAUGAUGAGUUCACUUGAAAAAACAAGUUUCCAUGAGGUCAUCUUAGCAGCUGUGGAUGUCAUUCCUCUGUUUCUUGAGACGAUCUCUGACUUACCAUUAGAUGAUAAUGAUCUAAUUAUGUCCUAUUUGCCGAGUGAAAAUGAUACAGGACCAAUUGUACCCGUUGUUCAUAUUCAGCAUGCUCCUACAGGCAUAUGCGUGCAAUCCUCAGGUGAGAGGAGUAAAUUUGCGAACAAGAUGAAAGCACUGAAUCGCUUGAAGGCAAAGCUUCUUGUGGUGAUGUCAGAGCAAGGUGUCUCUGACUUGAGCAGCAUUGAGAGGGAUGCAAUUGUAGAUCUAUGGGAUCAAGAUACGCGAAGGUACAUGUUGCAGCCUUCCAAGCUAGUAGAAGAUCUGAAGACGGGUGUACAACUUCCUGACUUAAACUCUGUAUUGGAUGGGAACAUCAACCCGUUUAUUGCUGCCUAUGCAAGUCUUAGACAUGCUACUGAAAAGGGUUAAAAAUUAGGCUCUUGGAUUUUGUUGUGAACUAACUAAAUUAGUAGAUUAUGGAGGUUAGCUAUUUAUUUAAAAUUUGGUACU